AUGCCGUUUUGCCGAUCUACAACUACUACUUGGUGCCUUGGAUCCGCGGAUGCGUAUUGUCAAUUUUUUUUUUUUUUUUUUUUUUUUUACUUAUAUACCUCUAGUAAUAUUUCUUUUUUUUCCCCUAAUAUCUUUAUAGAUCCAUUUGAUGCUUAUCGCUUCCAUUGUGUGUUUCUUCUUCUCUCUUUUCUUUCAUCCCAGCGAUGGCAAACCGGAUGGAUACCGCUAGAUGCUUCCCUGUCAGAUUAUAGGGCAGCCAACAAGGAAACCUGGGCUCCAAUUUGUCUUCUGCCUCCGGCAUACAGAGCGGAACUCGGUCUUCAAGUUAUUAGAAGUGGAACAUUCAAGAAGAUCGACUACAAACAAGGUGGGCCAUAUUGA